AACGUUAAAGCCCACUGCUGCCUGGCUGGAACAGUUUUGAUUUUGGUGUGCCGCAGAAUAGUUCGAGGGCGAUUGCUUAUGUCAUCGUUGGCAAUUCCCUAGGGCGCUCGCUAUCUUGGCUGUCAUUACAUAGAUAAGGAUGUAUAUCAGUUCGUGUGACUUUUUUCUUUAGGAGUUGGCAAAGAAUGAGGUUCUAUUUUGGAAUCGAAAUCAGCGCAAAAUGGGCCGAGGUUCGCUUUCCAGAAUGAGAAAGAAGUUUAUGAGACUGCACCCCGUGUGGCGUUUAUACUGUAUGAUUUUCAUCAUCCUCAUACUCUACAAUGAGUUUUUCAUCUACAUCCUACAAAAGUUCAAAUGGUCAAACAUCUAUUGCAAAGAAGGUAACUGCCUGCGAAUGUUGCUGGUCGGGGAUCCGCAAAUUCUGGGCAAAUCCUUCGAUAAGCACUUCUACGCCGGGCUGGCCAAUUACGACUCGGACCGGUACCUGGCUUGGUACUACGAGAAGGCCGUCGAACACGUGCGGCCCGAUGUGAUAUGCUUUCUCGGUGAUCUCAUGGACGAGGGCAACACCUCGAACGAGGCAGAUUUUAAGGAUUAUUACGAACGGUUCGGUGCGAUCUUUCCAACCCAUCCGAGUGCUAAGACCAUCUAUAUUCCCGGGGACAACGACAUCGGUGGGGAGGCCGGCGAAGAGGUUUUGCCCUCGAUUGUACGCAGAUUUCGCCAGUACUUCAGCGAAAAGCCGGCCUGGGUCGUGAACGAAAACGUUACCAUUUACAAUAUCAACAAGAUCACCCACGAACGACCCGGACACGAUCCGCGCCUAGAGGGCAGCGAAACGCAAGAGGACGUGGCAGAUCGGUACAUACGAAUAUUCCUGAGCCACAUGCCCGUUCUCACUUCGGCAAGUUCGUUCAUCUAUGAUGCCAUAGGAAAAUUGAAACCAAAUGUCAUCUUCUCCGGUCAUCUGCAUUCUUCCCGCUACGUGCGGAUCCAUCGGAAACAUCUUCGGGCAGCUACUUACAUGCCACUCAGUGGCGACAAGAAGACCCUCUACAAGGUCCACAGCUUCGAUCUCAACUACCAUCAGGACACCCAGGAAUUGCUGGAAAUUGUGAUACCAACCUGUUCCUACCGGAUGGGUGUCCCCGACAUAGGAUACGGCUUUGCCGUCAUUGAUGGUACCAACUUAAAAUACACCGUCCUAUGGACAACGCAACGAUUCCACCAGCUUAUAUCGUACGUGGUGGUCCUCUCGGUACCACUGAUUUAUUUCGCCCUGCUCAUAACGAUACGAAUUCUACGAGCAGUUUGCGUGUGCAGCAAAAACAAACACUCCAAAUUACCUAUCUAAUGUUUACUCAAUAUAGACUGUGUGAAAAAAGAAUAGCUUAAAAUUGAUUGCUCACGGGAUUUGUGCAAGUUUUUAGGUUUACUAUUUAGGUAUCUACCGGAAAGUGCAGGAAUAAUUGUGUUAUAUUAAAGUAAUUUUUCGAAAACCAAAACUAUUGUGUGUGCCGCAGUUGGUUCAGUAUCAGACUUGCAGGAAGUAAUUGACUGAAAAUUUAUGCUUUAAAUUAGCUCGUUAUUAUCGUUUUUGCAUAUGACUUAAAGUGACCCAACCAAAUUGAAAUGUACCUACUACUUCAUCGAAAUGAUUAUAAAUAAAGUUUUUGCUUUCGUAUACUGUCGAAAUUAGAA